AUGGCGGAACGGAGAAGCAAGUGGGACCGGCCUGCCGAGGGCGGCGCCAAGGGAGCGUCGAGCGCGCUCACCGUCAACGCGGAGGAGCACAAGCCGGCGGCGCGCGCGGCCGCUGCUGCCGCGGCCAAGAUCGCCGCGCAGUUCGGCCGCCCAGAUCCGGCGACCGGCGCGCUCGUGCGCCACCCCGACUUUGACGAAGAGGCGCCGGAUGGUGCGUUUACGCACGACAUCGAGAUCAACGACCACAGGAAUCGAUACCUCUUGACCAAGCGCCAGACGCAGCUCGACAUCUUUCGCGACACGGGCGCCAAGGUGUUUACCAAGGGCACCUGGUACCCCGACAAGACGCGCGUGCGCCCGAACGACCCGCCGCUGUUCCUGCACAUCUCCGCAGACACGCGCGAGAGCCUGGACCGGACCAUUGCGCGGAUCUCGGAGCUGAUGGCGCGCGAUCUGCCGCCGCUCCUCGACGACCGCCUGCACCGCGGCGACCGCAACCCCGGCUGGCCGGAAGAAAAGGUGCGCGUCCCGCUCGAGCCGCUGCGCAACUUCAACGUGCGCGCAAAGCUCGUGGGGCCGAAUGGACUCUUUGUAAAGUACAUCCAGAACGAGACCAAGGUCCGCACGCAGAUUCGCGGCGUCGGCUCCGGCUACUUGGAGGCGGACACUGGCCGCGAGAUGAACGAGACCAUGUUUGUGCACCUCACGAGCCCGGAGGAGGCUCAGCUGAGAAAGGCCAAGGAGCUCGCUCAGGAUCUCGUCGCGGCUGUGAUUGAGGAGUGGAAGAAGGCGUACGUCGCACUCGGUUACGGGCCGCCGCCGGACGUCGAGGGCGAGCAGCCGCCGCUGCCGCCGCAGUCGGACCUGCCGCCGCCGCCGCCGGAGGACGAGGCGCCCCCGGAAGAAGAGCCGCCGAAGGACGAGGCGAAUGGCGUGCAGGCACAGGAGGACGAGGCCCUGCAAAAGUAUUGGAAGGACUAUGUCGCGUGGGAGAAGAGCUUCGUGGACUACCACGGCCGCAAGCCGACCAAGGACGAGGGCGGACAGGACGUGCCGCCGGAGCAUCGUGCAUAA